AUGUGUGUCUUAAAAGUGGCAAAUCCGGAAGAUAACGUUGGUAAAAAAGCCGAGUUUACCACUCGAGAAGAUGAUCAAUGGUUUUACUUAUUCGCGGCAGGAGACAACCACCUCCACCACCGUGAUAACUCCCUUACGCUUCCAUCAUCAUCAUCGUCUCUUAUGUCGAGCUUUGACAGAGAGAGGGAGAUGUCUGCAAUCGUCUCUGCUUUGACACAUGUUGUCGCUGGAAAUGUUCCUCCUCAUCAAUUCGUUGGCGGAGGCGGUGGCGGUGGAGAAGGUACUUCGAACUCCUCCUCCUCCUCCGGGCAGAAGAGGAGGAGAGAGGUGGAGGAAAGUGGCGGUGGAGGUAAAGCUUUCAAGGCAGCUAAUACUUUGACUGUUGAUCAAUAUUUCUCUGGCGGCAGCUCUACUUCAAGAGUGAAGGAAGCUUCGAGCAACAUGUCAGGUUCAGGCCCAACAUAUGAGUACACAACCACAACAAAUGCUAGUACCGAAACGUCGUCGUUAAAUGGGGACCAACCUCGAAGAAGAUACAGAGGAGUGAGACAAAGACCGUGGGGAAAAUGGGCGGCUGAGAUUCGAGAUCCUUUCAAAGCGUCUAGAGUUUGGCUUGGUACGUUCGAUAACGCUGAAUCAGCUGCAAGAGCUUACGAUGAAGCUGCUCUUCGGUUUAGAGGCAGCAAAGCCAAACUCAACUUCCCUGAAAACGUUAAACUCGUUACACCCGCUUCAAACGCUGUUACACAAACUGAACCUGUUCAGACACUAACUCAGUUAAGGAACUCGAGUUCCACAAGUACCCUUUUGCCUAUACGACCAGUUUCAGAGCAAAUAGUUAAUUCUCAGCCGUUGAUGCCAUCGUACAAUUUGAGCUACUCAGAGAUGGCUCUCCAUCAACAGUCUAUAGAUUUAUAUGAACAAAUGUCGUUUCCGUUGCGUUUUGGUCACACUGGAGGCUCAAUGAUGCAAUCCACUUCGUCAGCAACUCCGGUUCAACCGCCGUUGGAAUCAAGCGAAACCGGUUAUCUCCAUGACCUACAGUGGCCACUAGACAUGACAAGUAAUAAUAACUACAAUAACAGUCCAUCUUCAUGA